AUGUCCUACAAAAUAUCCACCACCCCCUCCAUCCACCACUCUCUUGACCCCAAGGCAUCCGCCAUGACAAAUUUCAUGGAAUCCUUCUAUGCUACGAGCGACGACCCGGCGGCUCAUGAGAAGUAUGCAACAGAGUACUUCACGGACGAUGCGACGUUGAUUAUGGGCGGGAAGGGGGCGAAGGGGUUUGAAGAAAUCCUCGCCUUCCGCAAAAGUCUCUGGACAAGCGUUUCAUCACGGCGGCACAUGGCCGUCAAAAUCUUCUUUGGUGGUGACGACGACCUGAUGCUCUUCGGCAUAGUGAAUUACGUGAUGAAAGGAGCCAGCGCGAAGGAAGUGCAGAUCGACUGGUCUGCUCGAGCGCAGUUCGUCUUUGACGAAGCCGGGAGGCCGAAGAUGAAGUAUUAUCAAGUUUAUCUGAUGUGGGUAUCGUUUCGUAUGUGCUGA